UGAAGUUGACAUUGUCAUUCAUUAAAAGAAAUAUAUUAUAACCUUAAAUUGUGAAAAAGGUUUUGGCUGGAUAGAUUAUUUAUUUUACACAAUGGAAGAAAUAUUAGGAAAAUUGCUAGUGUCUAAUAGUAAAACUAUUCAUGAGGGCACUAAAGAACUGAAGGAAGCUUUUAAAAAACCAGAAGCUGUUCUCGCAUUAUGCGAUGUCUUAGUUACCUCCACACACCCACAAAUACGCCAAACAGCGGCAGUUCUUCUUAGAAGAAAAUUUGGGAAAAAGAGAUAUUGGAGUAGAAUUAAUGUUGAUAUAAGAAAAAGGAUUAAAGAAGGAAUGCUACAGGCUUUGGUAAAUGAGCAAGAAAAACUGGUAAAAAAUUCGAUUGCUCAAUUCAUAGGUGUAAUAGGAAAACAUGAAUUUCCGGAAAACUGUUGGCCAGAAGUUUUACAAUUUAUCCACACUUUAACAAGCGGUGAAAAUAAUUUUGAUAAAGAGCUUGGAAUGUAUACACUGUCAAUAAUGACUGAAAUCGCUCAGAGUUCUUACAUAGUACAUGCUGAGUCUUUUGCUAUAUUAUUUACAAAUAUUAUAAAUCAACUUACAGAUCUAAAAUUAAAUGUAGGUUAUUAUACAAUAAUUACCAUGAAAAAUCUUGUGCCUGCCAUUGCUGGUAACCAACAGAUGAUUAAUGUAUAUCAUUCUCUACUGCCAAAAAUUCUCCAAAUUAUUAACACAGUGGCAAUGGAUGACGAAAAAAAAGCUGUUGACAUGUUUGAGCUUAUUGAGGAAUUGAUCGAGUAUGCUGUUAGUGUUGUGGCGCCACAUUUGAAAUUGAUUAUUGAAAUGUGCCUUCAAUUAGCUAGUAAUAAUGCCACCCCAAAGAUAGUUCAAAUUAAGGUUGUUGGUAUAGUUGGGUGGUUAAUUAGAUCAAAAGGAAAAGUAGUUCAGAAAAACAAACUCGUCGAACCAAUUAUUGACGUUUUAAUUUCAUUAAUGGCUCAACAACCCGAAGAUGAAGGCAACGAAGAAUAUUUCUUAGGUGAUCCAGACCAAUUUACAUCUAUUACUGCUGCCACUCAAACUUUAGAUCUGAUUGCUCUACAUAUUCCGGCAGAAAAGGUUAUACCAUAUAUUUUAACUAAAGUGGAACCUGCGAUUCAAGGAGGAGAUAUUUACUUCCAGAAAGCGGCCUAUUUAGCCUUAGCAGUACUAGCAGAAGGUUGCUCAGAAUGUAUUAGACACAAAUAUCUCCAAGAUUUUUUAAAAUGUGUCUGCACGGCUAUUCAUAAUCCUAAUGCUGUUGUAAGAAAUGCAGCAUUUUUCGCUUUAGGACAAUUUGCAGAACAUUUACAACCAGAAAUUAGUCAAUACUCAUCAGAAUUAUUGCCAGUGUUGUUUGAAUGUUUACGUCAAAUUUUUGUACAGAUGGCUGCAGAAAGGAAAGACCCACCGAGUUUGGAUAGGUUGUUCUAUGCUUUGGAAACUUUUUGCGAAAACUUAGAUGAAGGAUUAGUGCCAUAUCUUCCAACAUUGAUGACAAGGAUUUUUGAAGCAUUGGAUCCAGAAGGUUUCUCCCUUCAAUUAAAAAGAGUUGCAUUAAGUACUUUAGGGUCCAUCGCUAGUGCAGUAAAAGAAGGAUUGCUACCAUAUUUUGACAGAGUAAUAGAAUUUUUAAAGAUAUAUAUUAAUAGCGAUCCUAACUCGGAAAUGCAUCAAAUUCAGUGUUAUGCUAUAGAAUCCUUAGCAGUAGUAGCUCAGUUUAUAGGUCCUGAUAACUUUAGACCUCUUACUGGAGAUUGUCUACAAUUAGGAUUAAAAAUUUUAAAUGAAACCUCAGAUCCUGACAUAAACAAAAGUGUUUAUGCCCUUUUUUCUGCAUUAGCUAUUAAUAUGAAAGAAGAGCUCAGUCCUGCAUUGCCAAAAAUUGUCAAUGAUAUGAUAGAAAGUAUACAAAGUAGUGAAGGAAUAGUUACGCACUAUGAUGAUGAAGAUAAAGACGAAAUAGAUGUAUAUGCAGAAUUAUCCGAGGAGGACGACGAUAUUGAAGAAGAUAUUGAUGGCUCAUCAACUGGAAGUGCUGAUUCAGCACAGUGCAGAUAUUCUGUUGAAAAUUCCUAUAAUGAAGAGAAGGAACAAGCGUGCUUAUCUUUAAAAGAUAUAUGUGUAAACACAGGUGUUGCUUUUCUACCCUAUAUAGAAAAAUGCUUUGAAGAAAUAUUCAAACUUAUUAACUACCCUCAAGAUGACAUCCGUAAAGCUUCCGUAGAAGCACUUCUACAAUUUUGUAUUUCGCUACAUAAAUUCAGUACUCCAGAUAAUAAACAAUCACUGUAUAGAGCUUUGCAAAUGUUUGUCCCAAAAUGUGCCGAACUGAUUAGAAUUGAUGAAGAAAGGAGUGUCGUUAUGGUAUGCUUGGACGCCUACGCCACUCUAUUAGAUGAAAUUAAAGGAGAAGUUUUCGUCAUUGAUGGACACAGAGAGGCUAUUAUGAAUUGUGUCAUCGACGUUUUGAAUUUAAAAACUAUGUGCCAGGAUACGGAUUUAGCUGGUCAAACUGAAAAUAAUGAUGACGAUGUUGAAGCCGAACAAGACGAACUCUUGCUGGAAUCGGCUGGUGAUGUCAUUCCAAAAUUUUCAGCGGCUGUCAGGCCAGAUGAUUUGAUGUCCUAUUUUCCAAACAUUUUACAAUUGCUCUCUGCUAGAACGAAAAAACAACACAGUUUAUCUCAAAGAUCAUUUGCAUUUGGAACUUUAGCGGAAUGUAUGAAAUCUUUAGGUAUUUAUGUAGAAAAGUUUGUUCCAACACUUCUAAAUCUUUGGUUUACUGGUGCAAGAGAUUCUGCUGACGAAGUAAGGAAUAACGCUAUUUUUGGUUUGGGGGAAAUGAUUUUACAUGGAAAGGAUAAGAUAUUUAGCCAUUAUCCUGAAAUACUACAAGCCCUCUCCACUUCAGUGUCUAAAGAAGCACAUUCUGGAACAUUAGACAAUAUCUGCGGUGCUUUAGCAAAAAUGAUCAUUGUAAAUCCAAAUGCUAUACCUUUAGAUCAAGUUUUUCCAGCCUUUGUUCAAAAACUGCCUUUAAGGGAUGAUUUUCAAGAAAAUGAAGCAGUUAUUAAAUGUAUUUUUUCAUUAUAUCAGCAAGGCAACCCAGUGUUAAAGGAGCAUUUACUGGAUGUCAUUAAGGUUUUAGCUCAUGUUUAUUGUGAAAAUCAGACUCCAAAUGACGAUGUUAAAAAUUUACUGAAUGACUUCUUAAAAACAAUUAACCGAGAUUUUCCUCAAGAAUUCGCGAAUUCUGUGUCUUCCUUUGAAUCAUCUUCUCAAAAUUCUUUACAGGCUCUUUUAUCGUCCUAAUACAAUUAUUGUGUAAAAAAAUUGAUAUUAAAAAGCAAAGAUCGGCAACUAUGAGAAGAAAUCUGUUUUUGCUAUAUUCAGAUUAUUAAAAUAUAGAACUAAAUUAUAAUGUUUAAAUUUUGAAUAUUUAUUUUUUAUAUUAUAUAUUCAAGUUGACUUACUCAAUAGUUUCGGUGCUAGUUGGCUUGUGUACCAAAAAGUUGUCUAUCUCUGUUACAGAAACUAUAUUUUGUUCUGUUGUACUUGCUUUCUGUUUUUUCAAAUCCAAAAAUAUUAAACCAUAUAUUAAGCAUAUUUAUUUAUAAAUCUUAUCUUCUCUUUAUUCAACUAACUUGUAAUAUUACCAAAAUUCAAAUAUCUGUAACCUGAUUAAUAAAAUUAAUAUAUUAAGUAUUUGCAACAUUUAUCUCUAAGACUCAAGAGAACGCAAAUACUAACCUCCGUGGCGAAAAGAUAACAAUGUGUCCAAAAUAUCAAAUAAUACAAGUCCCGGGACACGCGUUAAGGUUUUCGCUCACUUAUGCGCUGCACCGCGAAGCAAAGCGCGGAGAAAAAGGUUGUUAUGAAUUUUCUUCGUGUAUUUAAAUAAAACCGCGCGUAUCUGUGCGAUGCAACGCGCAGGGGUACGAAGAGAAGCGACACGGAUCGCAACCGUAGAAUCCCAUGGUACAAUAAAGUUUCAUGGUAGGUACAAUAAAGUUUCAAUAAAAAAUUUAGUGUCGAGAUUCCAGUCAAAAUAACUGUCAAAGAUAAAAUAUAAAAUACAACCGCAAACAAUUCAAAGUAAUCGGAUAUUACGAAUGAUUACGAACCAUUACGAACUUGCCGGUCUCCAGUUACGUCACGACUUCCGGAUGUGCAAUAUAUUAUCUUGUUAUUUAUAGUAUCAUGGUAUGUGGUAUAGUUUGUAUAAACUAAUUUAAGAACAUUUACUCGUUAGUGUCUAUAUAGUUUUAUUUGCUUUCGUGUAUUUGUUUUUUUUUGUGUUUGUACUCAAGUCUGGACUCAAGUGUAGCUACAAAUUUUGAGUACCUAAAUUACAAAGUGAUCAUCAACAAAUUAAGAAGUGGGAUACCCUGUACAUUUGAAAAUAAUUUUUAAAUUUAUAGUGACCCAUUUUUAUGUGGAUAUUACUUUUAUAAAUACAUGGUAAUAAUUAAGAAAACAAACAUACAAACAAGCAUACAUUUGGGAAAUGUACCGAUAGAAAGGGUUGAUAAAUACAAAUACCUAGGAACCUGGAUUUCAGAGAAAAAUGAUCAAACAACAGAAAUAAGGACCAGGAUAGAAAUAGCAAGAAAUGCGUUUGUAAAAAUGAAAACAGUUCUCUGCAACAAAGACCUUAGCUUAGAACUGAGAGUAAGAGCUUUGAGAUGCUACGUGUUCUCGAUACUACAAUAUGGACUUGAAAGCUGGACAUUAAAGCAAGAACACAUAAAUAAGCUACAGUCAUUUGAAAUGUGGUGUUACAGAAGGAUGCUUAGAAUAGCAUGGACACAGAGGAAAACGAACACGGAAGUACUGCGAGAAAUGGGUAAAGAAUGCGAAAUAAUAAACACAAUAAAAAUAAGAAAGUUACAAUAUCUGGGACACGUAAUAAGGGGACCGCGAUAUGAAAUGCUAAGACUGAUAAUACAGGGAAAGAUAAGAGGCGGAAGGAGUAUAUAGAAAGAAGGAGAGUGUCAUGGUUAAAAAAUUUAAGGGACUGGUUUAGAUGCAGUUCUAUAGAACUCUUUAGAGCAGCGGUGGAUAGAGUAAAGGUAGUAAUGAUGUUAUCCAACCUCCGAUUAGGAGACGGCACUUGAAGAAGAAGAAGAUUACUUUUUUGUAUCUUUAAACAACUGAAAUAUCUAACUCUGGAGUACCACUUGAUCAACCUGUAUGUAUAAUAAACAAAUAAUAAGUAAAAAAUACUUUAUAAUGGAUAUCUGUGUUAACAAAAUAACAAGUUUCUAAAAUAUCAGUUUCAAAACCUCGCUAAAAUAACUACCCGAAAAUCAACAAAAUUAAAUUAGCUACAAAAUAUUUUUUAUUAUUAAAUAUUAUAAUAACACUUAUCACUUAGUAACUUUAUCAUUUCUUUAUAUUUACUAUAAUUAAAUUAGCCAAAUUAUAUUCAAAAUUUAAAAUUAACAAGUCUUUUCUAUAAAACUACAUUCAAGUAUUGCGUGAAGAAGGAUCUUUACUACGUCAUGCGCGAAAGCGACCGAUUUUGGAACAUUACGUGCCAUACCUGGGAAAUUUAUUGUACCAUGGUAGAAUCCUAGGCGAAGAAAUUCUGUUCGGCGCGCUUCGUAUUGCACUAAUGAGCGGAAGGCGGAGGUCUACGGAAGUCAUGCGGAAACUUCUCUGAAUUUAUAGAGAAGUGUAAAGUGUAUGAAGUUUAGAAUCAGAUCUACCACAACCAGAUGAGAUGUGACAAUAUUUGAGAAGAAUUAGGUGAAAAUUGUCAACAGAAAUGUUUGCAAAUUACAGUUCUAAAUGUCUGAUUUUAAAAAUUACAUGUUUAGUUAAUUGCAUGUUUUGCAAUGCACAAUGUUUUAUGAGUGGAGUGAAAGUGAUAGUUGUUGUAGUGAGCUUGUGUACGUACGUACAUAAGUACCUGGUGAGCGACAAAUUCAGUAAAUUUUUCUGGCUCAUUCUAUAAUACUGAAAAAUUGUUUUUUAUCUUUGAAGAAUAGCCAUGAAGGUGGUGAAAUUCUCCGUAAAUUUCCCUUUUUAAAUUUAUGUUAUGAUUUCAAUGUUUUCUUUUACGAUUCAUAUCUUCUUCGUCUUCAGCUACUGCGCAUGCAAUAACAAAGUCUUCUUCUGAACUGCUACUCGAAGUCAUUACUUCAAAAACUAUCGUACAACAUGUGUCUACACACCUACGUCAAAGAAAAAGUCGAAUUGCCUUAAAUUCCAAACAUAACAACGUGCUGUACCUCCCCGUACUUAAGCGAAAAUCCAUGCACAUAUUAGUGCACAUUUCAGAAGUUCGCCGUACCGCGCUUCGCUUCGCUCUGCUUUUCCGCGCUUAAGUUAGCGACAAGCUUACUAGCAUUAUUAUUUUAAAUUGCCCGCAUUGUUAUUUUAAAUGAGAACGAAAUAAUAAUAAGAUAUUAAAUGAGAAAAUGAUCAAAGAUAUUUUAAUUUUGGUAACGAUUUCAUUAUUACAUAUUCCUUUGUUAUUUUUAUAUUUAAUUUAAUUCAGAAGUUGAUGUAAAAUAAAUGUAUUUAUUUCUUAAAUGUUUGACAAUUUAAGAAAUAAUAAAGUUAUACUUUAAUUUG